CCCACGCACCUGGACGUGCUCUCAAUCUGCUGGAUUAUAAAAUACCGGUCUCCGCCCUCCAAUUACACUGCGCCUCGGGAAAAAAAUGGCCCUCGAGUUUAUCAAGACCGUGUCUCUUUUCAGCCAGUCUGAUGUGGUUCCCAUCCUCGGGCCGUCGAUAAAAAAUCAGAUCACCGGUCUGGAGGAGGAUCGUCUCUCCAAGCCCAGUCGUCCGAUCGUGGCCGGCCGCAUAUCUGUUGGGGCAGCGCAAGACCUCUACUGGGUCAUCGCACUCGUCUCGACCGUGUUCAGCGCGCAGUUCGGUCUCCUCCCGUGCACUGUCCUAUAUCUGGUCGCCAUCUUCUGCUACAAUGAACUCGCCAUGUCGCGCAACUGGUUCUGGAAGUCGUUCCUGGGAUCUAUCGGCUACGUGUGCUACUGCUGGGGAACCACCGUCUUGUUCGACCACGGCGCUCCACUCUCGACGCUCUCAACCACAGCGAUUGUCAUCAGUGGCCUGCUUCACACCACGACCGGGCAUGCUCAGGACUUUCGGGACCGCGAAGGCGACGCUGCAAUCGGAAGGGUGACUCUCCCCAUGAUUCUGUCGCCCCGCGUAGGUCGGUGGUCGCUUGCGCUUCUGCUCGCGGCUUGGACGGCAGCUCUAAUUUGGUUGUGGGCCCCGCCUGCGCUCGUCACGCUUUACCUCGGUCUCCUCGGUCUCAAGGCCGCGCUGGGGUUCAUCCAGGACCAUUCCGUUGAAGCUGACUGUGCGUCGUACUGGUGGUACAAUAUCUGGUUGAUCACUGCUCAUAUUCUGCCUGCCUUUGCUCACGUCGGGGUGUGGGAUAUUGUAGACCCCGUUUCGUUCCUGGCCCUGCCGUAAUCCUCAUGAUCUGUUAUGCCCUUGACGUAUCCAGAAUUUGUUCUGAUGUUCUCUUCUUAUAAAU